AUGGACGGUCCACUGUCAGGAUUGUUCCUGAUAAUUUUAACCACGUACUGUGCGGCCGGCAACGCAAGUAAUUCAAAACUACCAGACGAAAACAUCACGGCUGGACAUGAGCUGAGAAAACAACUGUUGAAGAAUUACGACAAAAUACUGGUGCCCGCAACAAGCAAAAAACCCGUUCAUAUGAAUGUUAACGCUGUAUUUAACAGCGUGGAAAUGAGUUACGAAACGUCUCAUAUGAUAAUUUACGCCAGCCUAAAAGUGGCGUGGAUUGACGAUAGACUGACAUGGGACCCGAACGAUUACAAUCAAAUCAAUUCCAUAGUUGUUGAAUACAGCGAAAUUUGGCAUCCAGACAUCAUGGCCUACAACAACAUUGAGGCCAACACCGUAGUGCACGGAAACACACAUAGCAUCGUGUACAACAGCGGAGACGUCUUGUGGGUGCAACCCGUGCAGUACAGGAUAUACUGCCAAGCCGACAUGACCCAUUGGCCGUACGACUCGCAGACCGGACUGUUGAUAGUCGGGUCGUGGGUGUACAGCACGAACGCGAUAAACAUCACGGACGGGUCGCACGAGAUCUCCCCCACCCCUCACACGGAAUGGCAGAUAUUACGAAUUUCCAGCGAUAAAAUAACGAAAUUCUAUUCGUGUUGUCCGAACGAACCAUACGUCAGCGUCGAGUACAACAUCACCAUCAAUCGCAAGUCCAACCAAUAUAAUCCGGUGGUUUUCGUACCGGCCUUAUGUACAGCACUGUUGAAUUUACUGGUGUUUGGGCUUUCGCUAGAUGACUGCAGAUACAAACUUACAAUAAGCCUAUUCGACGCAUUGAUUGUUGUCGUCAUUCUACAGGUGCUGUACUCGAAAAUACCUCUGAUACUAUCCACAGUUCCAUUAAUUGCUAUAUACUACACGUACAGCCUGGUACUGAUAGUUUUGACGGCUGUAAUAUCAGUGGUGAUAAAAAAUAUGACAAUAACACGGAAACCACUUUCAAAACCAAUUUCAAACAUCGUUCAAUCCAAAUUCAUAGAAUUCCUAGCAAUGGGAGUGGACGGACCAUCGUCGAGCAACCAAACUCUAAACGAAGACAAAGAAAUAGAUUUACAAUAUAUAGAGUAUAACAAAAGACAGACGUUCGCUAAAAUAAUCGAUAAAAUAUGUUUUAUUAUAUUUUCAAUUGUUUAUGUUAUUCUUCUAUCACGCUUUGUGUUUUAG